UCUGACACGCACUUCUCCUUUGGAAACACGACUACCAACAACUUUCUUACGCUCCUUUCGUCUUCCUUUGCUGGCUUCCGGACUCGAUUUGUUGCGUCUCGCUACCCUUCCACACCUCUUACCUCGCCAUUCACCGCCCUAUUUUAUUCCUGGGAUAUUCCUUUUGCCCUAGCGCUGCCGUUUUCCGUUCCUGGUCGGUUUGCGCAACCUAGGCUGUUGUAUCCUACCCUCUGUCGACUCGAAUUCCCUGCAGUCAUCCCAAUAUUGCCGGAGUCUGCCUCGUGGCGCGCACAUCGCGUACACCCUUUGUGUGUAUCUGGACGCCGGAGAGAAACGAUUGCGACACCUGCCAGUGCUGGAGUUGAGACAGCACCACAAAACCGGGCCUCUACGUGCCCUGAGGCGCUGCAUGCCCACCUAUUCUAUCGAAAUUCGAACAAUUAGAGUCAAUCAUGGGUGAUUACUCAUACCAAUCGUUGGCAAACCUGGGGCCGCAAGGCCGGUGGCGUCGUGUCUUGCUCGUCGCCAUGGUGCCAAUGGUGCUAGCAUUUAUUUACUACAGCACUCCCUCCUCAUACAUACCUGCUGGUCUUUCUUCUUCACCAUAUCCACAUACCCAAAAUGUAACCCUACCACAAGACGAUCUAACCAUGUCGACGAUAAUAAAAGCCCUCUAUGGCCCCGUAUUACACCCAAUAGAUGCCCCAGAGUUCACAGAUGAAGAUGGAGAUGUAUACCGGUUAUCCGGAGAACCGAGAUUUAAGAGCAAGCUGGGGAAGAAGGUCCUUAUCUUGGAUAUUGACAGUAGGCCCUUGACGGAGGAGGGCCAGCUUAUGAACAAGCACUUGAAGUGGAAGGGCAUGCGGUCACUUUCCGCCGGUAUGCUGGGUCAUUACAUGUUUGCUCAAAUACACGGUUACGACUACAAGUUUAUCCGCGCACCCGACUAUGAAGACCGCUGGGGCACCUGGGUCAAGGUACCCAUGAUGAAAGAAGCCCUCAAGACGCACGAAUACAUUGUCUUCAUGGACUCAGACGUUAUGUUCCACUACCCGCACCUCCCUCUCGAAUGGCUCCUAAACUACUGGAACAUGACCGACGACACCCUUGCCAUGAUGUCCAUCGACCCCAACGAGCCCCAAAACUAUGACUCAAAGGGUAACCGCUACCUCAACACGGGCUUCGUUAUUGCCCGCCAGAGCAAGCGCACCCAGGAAAUGUACAAGGCCUGGGCCGAGUGCCCCUCGGAAACCCGCUACAAGGGCUGCGCAAAGUGGAAAAAGGGCUGGGCCCACGAACAAGCCGCCUUUGGAAACUACCUCCGCUACGAUUACGAUCGUCCAGACGAUAUUCGCGUCUUGCCUUGCGUCGAGGCUAACGGUGCGCCUGAAGCGGAGAAGAGGGGUGGUUGCAAGGGCGUUUUCGUCAGGCACUUCUGGGUCGACAAGGGACUCGUGGCGAAGAGUCUUGCCGAUAACGUUAUGCAGUAUUUCUUGCCGAGACUGCAUGAGACAUAUCUGGCAUCGUCGAACGAACACAUUGUUGAUGCCAAGGGAUAUAGGCUUGAGGGCGCGGAGCUGAUUGAGAUGACGGAUGCGGAGAAGGAGGCCGCGAGGAAGGGCAAGGGCAAGAAUCAGAAGGAUGAGGGAUGGUAGUUUUUUUCAUUUCUAUCAUUCUUUUCCUUCUUUUCUUUGACUCCUUUUUCUUUCUCAUUUUUUGUUUACCAACGUUUUGCCCUGGGUAUGAUAUGUGCGGUUUUUCUGAUGAGCAAAUAUUUAUAGAAGAACGGGAAGUGGCAGAUUCACCAUGUCUGCAUCUUUCUUGUUUUGCAUGUAUGUACGUUUUUGGGGAGGGAGGUUGGUUCUGACGGCUUCUUUUUUUCGGGAGUUUAAGUCCUAGGAUUACAUAAUAUGUAUGAAAUCAAUUGGGU